AUGACCCGCCCUCCGCGGCAGCUCAACGACACCCACGUCGCUAUUGAGGUCGUGGGCUUCGGAAUCAAUGCGCCGCCUCGCUUCUCCCCGCGCAAGGCACAGGAAGCCAAGGUGCCGGGAGUGCGGCACUGGCGCCAGGGCGCCGCGAACAAUGAGAUCCACUCGGAGAUGCAGAUCAUCGGCCGCUGCGCCCGCGAAGGUAUUGCUGUACAGGGCGCUUGGUUCUACGUGGCGCUUGCACCCUGCUGGGACUGCUGCAAGGCCCUUGUUGCUGCUGGCGCAGCGCGGGUGCUUUUCAAAGGCCGUGGCCGGCGUGCGCCGAAGCCAACGAAGGCAAAUCCCAGGGAGCAACUCUUGGCCGAGGCCAAUGGCAUGGCCUGGGUCCAUGCAGACUUCUGCGCUGAGCGAGAAGCUUACGUAGACGCAACCUGGGAGUCUUACAAGAAGGAGUUGGGCCUUGACCGGGCUGCUGUGAAAGCGAAAGCCUCUGCCAAGCCGCUGUGUGAAUCUUCAGAAGCUGCCGAGCUGGCUUCAGGGCCAAAGUUUGCCCUGGUUCAGUACAACAUCCAGAACAAGAGGCUUCUGAACGUCUUCCACGCAAACUGGGCAGUCUCCUGGUUCCAGCUGGCAGCCGGAAUCCCCAUCGCCAUGUUCAUGUGGGGCAGCGGGCUCGUGAAGGCACCCAAAAUGACGGGCAGCGACUAUGCAAAGUUGGCCCCUGUGGGCGCAGCCUUUGCCGCCGGCCAGGUGGCUACGGUUGCUUCGCUGGGUGCCGUGGCGGUAUCCUUCACGCAUGUGGUCAAGGCACAAAGGGGUCUGAGCUUCGCUGAGCUUCGGAGAACUUCCGUGUUCAUUUGCAGGGUUGAGAUGUUUAACAAGGGUUCAGAGAAAAGAGUGGGCAAAUUGGAGGCGCGCGAGCUCGUGCAAGAAAGGAGCCAUCCUUGA